GCGUCACUUCCCGGCGGCGGGAGGCUAGCGGCGGGUGUCUGGGGACGGCCGGCGGGGGUUGUGGAGGCGUUGGCAGCGGGCUGGGACCCACGCGGCGCCGCGGCCCACCUGGCCUGCAGCGGUCCCACCCCCGGCGGCGGCGGCACGAUGCCCUUUGACUUCAGGAGGGGUGCCUGGCAUGACACGCUUCUCUUGAAUCUAGCUCUCACUGCUUUGUGUGUAGUAAUGACAAGUCACAGCCCUGGCUCCACCCCUUCCCAUCUGUGGGACCUCAGGUUUGACAUCUACAGGAAGGUGCCCAAGGACCUUACGCAGCCAACGUACACUGGGGCCAUUAUCUCUGUCUGCUGCUGCCUCUUCAUCCUCUUCCUCUUCCUUUCGGAGCUCACCGGAUUCAUAACGACCGAAGUUGUGAACGAGCUCUACGUCGAUGACCCGGACAAGGACAGCGGGGGAAAAAUUGACGUCAGCCUAAAUAUCAGUUUACCUAAUUUGCACUGUGAAUUGGUUGGGCUCGACAUACAGGAUGAGAUGGGCAGGCAUGAAGUGGGGCACAUCGACAACUCGAUGAAGAUUCCACUGAACAAUGGGGCAGGCUGCCGCUUCGAGGGGCAGUUCAGCAUCAACAAGGUCCCAGGCAACUUCCACGUGUCCACGCACAGUGCCACAGCCCAGCCACAGAACCCGGACAUGACCCAUGUCAUCCACAAGCUCUCCUUUGGGGACACACUGCAGGUCCAGAACGUCCAUGGGGCUUUCAACGCUCUUGGGGGAGCAGACAGACUCACCUCCAACCCUCUCGCCUCCCAUGACUACAUCUUGAAGAUCGUGCCCACUGUUUAUGAAGACAAGAGUGGCAAGCAGCGGUACUCUUACCAGUACACGGUGGCCAACAAGGAGUACGUUGCCUACAGCCACACGGGCCGCAUCAUCCCCGCCAUCUGGUUCCGCUAUGACCUCAGCCCCAUCACGGUCAAGUACACAGAGAGACGGCAGCCUCUGUACAGGUUCAUCACCACGAUCUGUGCCAUCAUCGGUGGGACCUUCACUGUUGCUGGCAUUCUGGACUCGUGUAUCUUCACAGCCUCUGAGGCCUGGAAGAAGAUCCAGCUGGGCAAGAUGCAUUGAUGACCCCCCCGGCCCAGUGGCCUAGGACCCAGGGAGACCAGCAGCCCUGCCUCCAGCACCCUGUCUCCUCCUGCCCUCUGUCUGGCCCAGGACCUGGCUGCUUCCCAACGUGGGGGCGGGGGGAGGUAGGAGGUGGCUCACGGUUUCGCAGCUACCUCUUCUCCCCAUGGUUAAUUAUAGAUGAAUCACACUGCCGAAAGUUGUGGUGCCCCUGUCCCUGGGAAGUCCCAAGACCAGAGUCAGGCAAAGGGGGCUCAGGGAUAUUGGGGACACCUCCAGGGAGGGCUGCAGUCCCUUCCCUCUUAGGAAAGUAGCCCAGAAUCCACAUUGGCCAGCUCUCAGCCCGGCUUUGACAAUCUUGCAGCCCCCACCACUUGGAUGCACUAAUCACUUGGUUUCUCCCCUGGGCAGUCAAAUUGCAGACCUGGGCUCUCAGCUUUGGACCGUGAUGCCUAAAUGCAUCUCCCACCUGGCACCUUCAACAGAGGAUGGUGCUUCCCAGGCAAGCUCCUGAGACGUGGUACUGUAGAUGGAUCCCUUGAUUCUGCUCCAUCCUUGCCUGCCCAACCCAGGGCCCAGGCCUCAAGUCCCUCACCACCCCACUUUCUUUUUCUCCCAAGAAGCCGAUGCCCAGUGGUCUGCCCACUGGUCCCUGGGCAGGUGGCAGGUCCCCCUUCCUCUCUUAACCUGUCCCUCUCAACUCCUGCCAUUGUGCCUCAGUCCCCGUGCUGUGUGGCAACAGCAUCUCUUGUUGGAGGGACUGGCUGUGACUGGGAGUCAUCCUUUGAGAACUAGACAUGGUUUGUGCACUUAUGUCCAGACAGAAAGCAUCCUUGUCUGCACCCCUAAAACUAUCAUGUCUCAGCCUCCUCUGGACAGUGCCAAGGCCUCAGGUGAGGCACGCAAAGCAGACCAGCCCCUCUCCUGUCUUUGGAUGUCCACCUUCCAGGCUGCAGAGGGUACACAGCACCUGGACCUCUUUGCAGCCCAGUUGCAGCCCCUUACCCCUGAGCUUCCCCAUCAGCUGGCCACAUCAACAUGUUCUUGAUCCCGGGAGCACUCCGCUGUCUCCCCACUUGCUCCCGAGGUGGGUCCCUACCCUGCUGCUCCCCCUCAUCCUUCCCCUAUAGCCCUGAAAGGGAGGGGCAGUGUUCCAGGCACAAAUUCCACUCAGAGAAUUUUAGGUAUGCCCUUGUGUCCCAGUGAGAGAGCUGCCUGCCUGUUUUCCAUUUAUGUCAAGAUUGUUUGCAUACUUUUGUAAUUAAGGGGAGUGUCCAGUGGAAGGAGUGUUUGGAUGAUCUAUAUGGAUAGCUCAAGUCUCUGUAAUUUUUGGCUCUGAAUUCCAAUUAGAAAAGCUUCUCCUUUUGCAUAUGAGUUGACUGAUGUUGUGCGUGUAAACUGCAUUUGGUUAUUUCUGGUAUCUAUGGCCACUUGGAUUGAUUUUUUUGUUUGUUUUACAUUCCGUUCCCCAGUUACAGAAAGGAGUCCCUUGGUGUGUGAAUAUGUGUGCCUGUAGAAGGUGGGCCUGGUCAGGCGGGGAAAUGUGUGGCAUGCACAUAAGUUGAAAUUCCACUUUUAUGCAUUUUUUUAAAAAAACCUCUUGAGGACAUAGGGGAUGUCAGUUUCCUAUGGAAGAGACACCCUGACCCAUUAUUCUUAUAAAUAAUCUCAAGGGGAAAAAAAAGUUUUUGUUCCUUCCCCACUCAUUGGGUUCAAAUAGAUUAAAAAUCUGAUUUUCAGAAAUA